AUGGAUGAAAAUCACAACGGAAAUAUCCACGUUUUAGGCGAUGAACCGUCCCUAUUUAGCCAAUUCUUGGUUGAAGUUCGAGAUCAUAAGAUUCAGAAAGAUCGGGUUAAAUUUAGACGUAAUAUAGGACGUUUAGGAGAAAUUUUUGCCUAUCACAUCAGUCAAACUUUAGAAUAUAGCCACAGGCGUGUUACUACUCCUUUAGGAAAUGUGGAAAUGCCGUCUUUGAUCAAUGAACCGGUGAUAGUCUCUAUUUUGCGAGCUGGCUUACCUUUGCAUCAAGGUAUUUUAAAUUACUUUGACAAUGCAGAUAACGGAUUCGUUUCGGCAUAUCGAAAAGACCGUGAAAAUCAGAAUGGCUUUGAAGUCAAGGUUGAAUAUAUAGCUUCUCCUUGUUUGAAAGAUAGAGUAGUUAUAUUAGCGGAUCCUAUGCUAGCAACUGGAUCGUCGCUAUUGUUGGCGUAUGAUGCAAUUUGUAAGCUAGGCCCACCUGCGCACAUCCAUCUAGUCAGCUUAAUAGCAAGCAAAGUCGGACUACAAAAUAUUACUAGUAAGAUUCCUUCUUCCAUGCUGACUAUAUGGCUAGGUGCUAUCGACGAAGUACUUGAUGAGAAGUCUUAUAUUGUUCCUGGACUUGGAGAUGCUGGCGAUUUAGCUUAUGGCACUAAAAUAUGA